ACGAGCAUGAUGGUGGCACGGAGGCCUCUAGUCAAUCGUCACCUGCAGCUCACGGACGGAUACACGCGCAAAAAGAAAAAAAAAACACCGCACGAAACAAUCGCAUGUCGGGGGUGAUUCCGGCACCGUCGCUGCCGCCUCAUCCGCGGCGAAACCGCGGGCCGCGAACGAUGCCGAUACCCCGAGCAACGUUCGGCAGAGUCACGUGACCGAGUCGCUUGCCGCGGCCUCGCUCGCCCAGAAGCGCAUGUUGUCCCGGCGUAGCGGCGGCGGGAACAGCGGUGACAGUAGCAGCCAGCGAGCGGGCGGCUGUUGCACCAAAGUGCGCCACGGAAAUAAGGAAGACAAGCCCGCGGGGUUCGUGCUUCACCGGUGAACCGGAGCGGCGGAGGAAAAGAAAAAACACGACACUACUUGAGGAGGCGUGGGCAUGCUCCGGCGAAACAGGGUCCACCCCGCGGUCCUGAUCGCGCUGCCGUUCCUGGCCACCUUGCUGCUGAUGACGUCGCCUCCCUGGGGCCUGCUGACGGGCCGCGGUAGCGGCCAGGUGCCCGCGGAGUACCUCAGGCACCGCUACUGGAACUACGACCCCGACGUCCAGGAGCCCAGGGAUCCGCGCCAGAGCUGCUCGCUGCCCGCCCUGCACCCGUUCCAUCCCGCCGUGUGGCCGUACCUGAACCCUGUCACGCCCAUCGUCUGCAAGGUUCGACAACCCUGGCUGACGUUCAUCGACUCGUACGGCAACCUGCGGUUCAAUGCGUCAUCGAGCUACUCACUCUCAAACCUCCGGUGCAGCUACAAGUCUGUCCAGCGCGUCACUGACAACAAGAUAACGUACAGCGACGCAGUGCCUUUCACCAGAGACAAAGUGCCUCUCAAUGACGACGUCAUCACCGUCAGUUGUAGCAACGCGCUGAAGUGGCCCAUCUACAGCAACAUCCAUGCUGUGGCGGCGCGGCGUAGCUCUCGCGUUCGUCCCAGCGUGACAGCUCCGAACAAGCGAACACGAGGACCAAGAAGCAACGCCAGCUUCAGAGGUUCCGGGCAUGCGAGUAGAAAGCCGCGGAGAACACCGAGGCAGCCACCAAACGUGCUAAUCUUCGGCUUGGACUCGGUCUCGAGACUGUCCAUGAUGCGGUUCCUGCCCAAGACGUACGACUACCUCGUCAUCCAGCUCAACGCCGUCGUCUUCCGAGGGAUGAACAAGGUCGGGGACAACACGUUUCCGAACUUGCUGGCGCUGCUGACAGGCCGGCGAGUCGAGGACGUCGUGAAACCCGGACAGAGGGACAAGGUCUACGACGACGUCCACAUCGUGUGGAAGGACUUUCAGGAAGCCGGUUACGAGACGCUCUUUGCCGAGGACUUCCCGGCCUUCGCCUUGUUCAACUACCUCGCCCGUGGAUUCACGAAACCACCCACGGACUAUUACCUGCGUCCUUUCUGGCUAGCCGUCUACGAGUCGUUCCUGCUAAUGUCUAGCUCGGCGCUGUGCUUGGGAAACGGGCCGAAGCACAUGCUGCAACUCGAAUACGUCAAACGCUACUUCGACGGCCGCAACGCUAGCAAUUCCGAUAGGCCUUUCUUCGCCUUCUCCUACCUGGUCGAGAUCAGUCACGACUUCUCGCAGCAAGUCGGAGCCGCCGACGACGACUUCGUCGAGUUUCUCGACUACCUCCGCUCCAACGGCCACCUGGACAACACGUUCCUCUUCUUCCUCUCGGACCACGGACAUCGCUUCGAUUCGAUCCGAUCAACCUUCGUGGGUCGAAUCGAAGAGCGGCUGCCAUUCUUCGCCCUCGGGCUUCCCGCAAGAAUGGAUUGGCUAGAUUCGCAAGCGCGUGAUGUCGCAUCGAAGUCGACGCUGACGCGCCUAAACGUCUCCCAGAUCGCGUCCAACCUGGAGACCAACGCGGGUCGCUUGACGACGCCGUUCGACACGUACGCCACACUUCGGGACAUCGCGUCAUACGCGAGCGGCGGAUCGGCGAUCGUCAGCCAAGACGACUCGCACUACGGCAUCAGCCUAUUCGGUGAGGUUGCGCGAGACAGAACUUGCCAGCGAGCGGGCAUCCCUUCCGAGUACUGCUCCUGCGGGUCGGAGGUUCCCGUCGAACUGGACAGCCCUCUCGUCAGGAAGGCGGCCACGGUGCUCGUGGAAAAGGUCAACGACCUCUUGAACUCCGACGAACUGGACGAACCGUUCGCGAGGAGGCGACGAUGCGCCAGGCUUAGCCUGCGUCAUGUCCACGACGCCCAGGAACUGUUCGUCGUGGACAACGUCAAGGAGACCGCUGGCGGCGCGCGGCGCCUCAGGGUCACCGUCGAGGUUCUUCCUAGCGCCGCCAUGUUGGAAGGCCUGAUGGUCGUCAACGGGGAGGAACAAUUCGACGUCUUAGGGGACAUCAGUCGCAUCAACAAGUACGGCAAUCAGUCCCACUGCAUCCGUCACGCGGUCUUGCGGAAGUACUGCUACUGCCUGGCGGAAUCGCAGGUGAAUAACGAAACUUCGAGGGACUACGAGGAACAGACAUUUCCUACGAUAACCUAGAAAUAAGAGCGGCUUAAGUUAUUCUCGUCGAAAACGGAUUUGCACGAAGUCAGCGACCGAGGCAGAACAUGACGUUUUGUUUGCUCCCCGGUACGAGGCCGUACCGGGGUGUCCUCGGAAGCGUGCGGAUGCAGCUGGAAAACUGCUACUCACAAGAAGACACAAAUCAGCCAUGUACAUAAUUCUAGGAAGACUGCCGCAAGAUGUCGAGACGCUACGUUUAUUGCCACACUCUAAGGCGAGUAUCAUGCAUUUCUUUGAAUCGAGAAGACAACAUUCAUUUUUUUUUAGUAACUGAAUCUCUUACGCAGUUUGCGACCGACAUAUGUGCGAUGCUUUGUUCAUACCUAAGUAUGUAUAACGUUCCGUUAUAGCAGCGGCAGGCGUUGCAGAUAAUUUCGUAUAAGAUGAUGACAAAGCCCAACGCUGAAGGCUGCCGUAAUCAAGCUGUUUUGCAACUGUUGCGAAACAUAGGUGGACUAUGACACGGUCAACUGAAUCAAUGUGGCAAUCAGCUUUACACCAUUCACACGGCUCAGCGAUCGCCGACGAUACCACGCACGCUUCGAACAGAAUGUACCUUAGAGGGUCUUGCGGUCUUGUACCUCUAGUGCCAGUUCUGCACCAAUAAGGUGUCGAGGCAUAGCCUCUUAAGGCAGGAGCUCUUAUGUUUUCGCAUUAUUCGUCCUCGCAGUCUGAGGCCGUUGAGAGACGCUGCAAUUGGUUAUGUGAUGUCACAUGUGCUGGAAACUAUACGUGGCAGUGUAUUGUACUACGAUAUAUUCUAGUACCCUUGAGAAACAGGUAAGACGACUGCAGAGGGGACAUACCGGGCAAUGACUUUGCAUCAUUCACAAUACAUAUGUACAUAUUUUUUUCUCAACAGCAUCAAAGAAAAAGAGGCGCCAAGUUUCGUUGUGAAAGCUGGCCGUUACUCCUGCCAUAUUUAUGUAACUUAAAAUAAGGUGACAUCAUUUCUUUCUUUUUUUUACGUUGGCGUUUCGUGCGCAACAUAGUUGCGAAACUAGUUGCGAAAUAAAUUUUUGCAAACAGCA